AUGCCGGGUAUGGACGGGCUGGAGGCGAGUAGGAGCAUCCGCCACUCCAUUUGGCGUUGAACUCCCCCUUUUCCACCCCUCGUUCCUCUACACCCCCCAGAUGCCGGAAAUGGAUGGGCUGGAGGCGACCCGGAGGAUCCGAGCGAGGGAGAGGGCUCAGGGCGGGGGGCAUGUGGCCAUCAUUGCGCUCACAGCGGAUGUGAUUGCCGGCACGCGCCAGCACUGCUUUGCCGUCGGCAUGGAUGACUACCUCUCCAAACCCCUUGAUGACGCCUCCCUCUCCAAGGCUGUCUGGCGAUGCUUGUCUGGGCUGAAGGGAAAUGAAAUCGUGCAAGGUGAUUAUUUAUGA